UCCUCCCCUACUUAUGAUUGGCUGGCUUCAUUGGAAGUUCAUCCCUAUUCCGAUUGGCUGGUUGACGCGGUCUUUAGUAGAGUAUUUGCAGGAGGGAUGGAUUACGUAUAAUAAAAAGCGACAGAGAUAAAAGAAAGUGACUUGUUUGUAUUCCGAGUAGCCAAUAGUGAUUCUGAAGUUGGCCAAUGGGAGUCUGCUUUGUCUCUAUAGCGCCGCCUUUUCUUUGAGCGACGUUGGUGUUGGCCAGUGAGCCCUGAAGCAAGCUGCUGAACCCGGAGAGUGAUAGUAGCUCCGUGCCGGAGCUCGGUCAGUGUGAGGUGAAGAUGGCGGUGCUCGCUCCGUUGCUUGCUCUGAUCUACUCGGUACCAGGGCUCUGCCGCUGGCUAGCUCAGCCCUACUACCCUCUCUCGCUGCUGCUCUCGGCUGCCUUCCUGCUGGUGCGGAAGGUGCCGCCGUUAUGUCACGGACUACCCAGCCAGCGCGAGGAUGGAAACCCCUGCGACUUCGACUGGCGAGAGGUGGAGAUCCUUAUGUUCCUCAGUGCCAUUGUGAUGAUGAAGAACCGCAGAUCCAUUACUGUGGACCAGCAUGUGGGGAAUAUUUUCAUGUUCAGCAAAGUCGCCAAUGUCAUCCUUUUCUUCCGCCUUGAUAUCCGGAUGGGGCUGCUCUACCUCACUCUCUGUAUAGUGUUUGUGAUGACCUGCAAGCCACCUCUGUACCUGGGUCCUGAAUACAUCAAAUAUUUCAGUGAUAAAACCAUAGAUGAGGAACUCGCACGAGACAAGCGGGUAACCUGGAUUGUGGAAUUCUUUGCUAACUGGUCCAAUGAGUGUCAGUCAUUUGCUCCCAUCUAUGCUGACUUGUCACUUAAAUAUAACUGCACAGGACUGAACUUUGGGAAGGUGGAUGUAGGCCGCUAUCCUGAUGUCAGCACCACGUACAAAGUCAGCACCUCUCCUCUCACUAAGCAGUUGCCCACCUUAAUCCUUUUCCAAGGUGGAAAGGAGGUGAUGCGCCGGCCACAGAUUGAUAAGAAGGGCCGAGCAGUCUCGUGGACCUUUUCCGAGGAGAAUGUGAUCCGGGAAUUCAAUCUGAAUGAGCUCUACCAGAGAGCCAAGAAAGUGUCCAAGCAGUCCAACGAGAACUCUGAAGACUCCUCAGAGAACCCAGCUGUGACGGAGCUUCCCAAUGGCGAGAGCAAGAAGGACAAAUAGACUGGCCCAUACUCCCUUCCAUUUUAGCUCCCUAUUCCUCUUCAUUCUCAUCCUGACAUCUCUCUUGGGGCACCAGCCAAAAUCUGCCUUGACCGAACAGUGCUGGUGCUAGGAGAGGAGUGGAAUUGGUGAGGAGUCUCUGUCCUCCUGGGUUCAGUGCCUGUCUGCUGGUGGCCACUUGCUCUGUAUGUGUUGCUGUGAAUGUUUGUUGCUGAUCUUUCUUGCAGCAGUGGCUGGGUCUCGUUUGAGCACUAAGACCAGCAGGAGGAUACCUUCCCCUACUCCUUUGAAUGGAGGCUGGAUACUAUGAAAAUGUUGGGACAUGUGGGUGAGAGGAUUACCAGCUUCUCUACAAGUGAGCAGGAACCACUGAGAAGCAAUAAUAUAUCCUCUGCCUUCCAUCAUAAUUGCAGGAGGGGGUGGAUUGGCCAAGAGGCACCAUUUCCUGUUCGCACACAUUGGUUCAGUAGAAAAUCUUACUGACCUUUUUGGUCAACUCCCUUCCCUCCUGCCAGAGUUCUGACAUCUCAUUCCUAUUAAGCUCAUCUCAUUUAGUAUACUUUUUCUGGCUGAGAAGAGACAGCUAUGAUUGACUGGUUUCUAUCACUUGCCACUUCUUACCCUCUAUACUGGUGAUAGCUAGUAGUCCUAAUCAUGUCUCUUCCCAUCUGUUGGUGGUUUUAAAUCCUGAAGUGCCAGUCAGCUGAUGCCCAGAAGUGGGAUGUUGGAGCCUGAAUAUGCUGCUGUGUUAGUGAGUAAGUGGCUGCCAUGCAGCCCUAAAGGACCUCUUGUUCUCGUGUCCAUCAGCUAUUAACUCACACCUGACUAGAAGGGAAGCCGUUUCUACUAUCCAUCUCUUAUACUGUAUGAAACACAGAUUGAUAACUUUGUAGAGUGGUUGUUGCUGAUGUUACUCUAUUUCUAAUCUGCGGAGUUGGAUUACAGAUAGAAACAUGCUCCAUUUCAUCAUGCGCAUUUUCAUGCUUCUAUUAAUGGUCUUUGAUGGUUGUCUCUAAUAAACAAACUUGGGAAUA